CUGCAUCGCCUUUUGCAUAACUCCGGGUUGUCGACACCAAGCUUCAUUGCAAUUUUUUUCUAGAAAGUCUCUCCGCGAGCGAUUGUACAGGCUCAGAUAUAUUUGUGCCAGCUCAGCAAUUUGACAUUCCAGUGUAUUCAGGAGAUGUUCUAUAGUCGGACCUCCGAAGAAUGAGAUACGAACCGGGAAAAAAAAUGGCACGUCAAAGAAGGUGGAGUUUCAGAACACGCUCACCGACUGUGUAACUGCCACGGAACAAUGGAAGCUUAAAGGUGUUUAGGAGCCAAAACAAACUCCCCCAGAAAGUUUGCUUUGAUCUGAAAGAAGAGAGUGAAGAACUGAAUGAAAUACAAGAUAAAGAUCAGUUUAAGAAACACAAUUUCGUAACUGGACAAAAAUCAUACAGUCGCUCACAGAUUGACACGACACAGAAUUUGACACAAAGACCUAAAAAUACUGGAACUAGAUGUCAUUUCACCUGCCAACAAUGUGGAAAGAGUUUUGAUCAACAAGGAAAACUUCAAGUCCACAUGAGUAUUCACACCGGAGAAAAGCCUUACAGCUGCCAACAGUGUGGAAAGAGUUUCCCUAAAAAGGAAAAACUUAAAAGGCACAUGAUAGUUCACACUAAAGAGAAGCCUUUCACCUGCCCUCAAUGUGGAAAGAGUUUUACACAUAAAAACACUCUUAAAGUCCACAUAAGAAUUCACACAGGAGAGAAACCUUUCACCUGCCAACAGUGUGGAAAGAGUUUCAUUCUAAAAAGUUACCUUAAAAGGCACAUGAUAAUUCACACAGGAGAGAAGUCUUACCUCUGCCAUCAGUGUGGAAAGAGUUUCAGUGAAAAAGGAAUCCUUAGAAGGCACAUGAGGAUUCACACAGGAGAGAAGCCUUACAAAUGCCCUCAGUGUGGAAAAGGUUUUACCCGCAAAGGAAGCUUUAACAGGCACAUUAGAAUUCACACUGGAGAGAAACCGUUCACCUGCCCUAAAUGUGGAAAGAGUUUCACACUCAAAAACACUCUUAAAGACCACAUAAGAAUUCACACAGGAGAGAAACCUUUCUACUGCCAACAGUGUGGAAAGCGUUUCAUUCAAAAAAGAUACCUUAAUGUCCACAUGAGGAUUCACACAGGAUAGAAGUCUUUCCUCCGCCAUCAGUGUGGAAAGAAUUUCAGUGAACAUGGAAACCUUAAAGUCAAUAUGAAGAUUCACACAGGAGAGAGGCUUUUCACCUGCCAACAGUGUGGAAAUAGUUUCAAUGAAAAAGUUAGCCUUAAAACGCACGUGAGGGAUUCAUACCGGAGAGAAGCAUUGUGUGAAAGAACUUCUCAACAAAACUAAACCUUAGCCAUCACGUGAACAGUUACACUAGUGAGAAGCUGUUUACAUUUGAUUAGUGUGGAAAAAACUUCAGAAAUAAAGUAACCCUUAAUGAGGCUUCACACUGGAGUGAGACCUUUCAAGUGUCUUCAGUUUGAAAUGUGUAUCACAAAGAGAAGCUGUUCACAUGCAAACUUUGUGGAAAUGGUUUCAUUGAAAAAGGAAGCCUUAGAAGGCACAUGAGGAUUCACACCGGCGAGAAGCCUUACACAUGCCCUCAGUGUGGAAAGAGUUUUACUCAAGGAGGAAGCUUUAACACUCACAAGAGAGUUCACACUGGAGAGAAGCUGUUUACAUGUAAACUGUGUGGAAAUAGUUUCACACAGCAAGCAAGCUUUAACAGGCACAUGAAAAUUCACACCAGAGAGAAGCAUUAAGCAUUUAUGUAGCAAGAAGAGCAGGGUCUCAAGGAAGGAGAUCCGGAAGGAUAAAAGAAGG